GAAGUAAACUGACAUGAUCAUUAUCGCCAAUAGAGACGGCAAAAUAUUUACAACAAACAUCAGACAAAGAUUAGAACGGAGGUGUUUAAACUUUAAACAAGAAUUGGAAGUCUUCUGACAUGGCUGUCCCAGGAAAAAGGAUGCCCAAAAAAAUUUCAUCAGCAUCAACUUUGGGGUCUGAUGAGGACAUUAAAGUUUAUUGCCAGCCGUGUGACCUUGAUGGUCCUCGACUCCCUGCCCAUGGCUAUUGUGUUGACUGCAGGGAGCACUUGUGCAACACUUGUUUGGUAGCACACAAGAAACAUACCCUUUCAAGGCAUCAUACUCUUCUAGAUAAAAACAGCAUGCCACAAAACAUCUCUUCAGCCUCUGUUCAUCAACGCCAGCCUGACAACUUUACCAAACCUUGUCCUAAGCACAAGAAAGAAAUGAUAAAGUUCUACUGUCAGAACCAUGAAGCACUACUUUGCAGUGUAUGUGUUACACUUGAACACACAGGUAUAUCUUGCAAAGUCAAUUACAUCCCCGAUAUUUCUGGCCAGAUCAUAAACAGCAAAGAUCAUCAAGAUAUUUUGAAAGCUAUGGAUACCAUUACUGAGCAAUGUCGCAAGAAAUCAGAAGAUGUGAAGAAAAUUACUGCAAAGUCCAACAGUUCUUUGACGGAUAUAUUGGCUGAUAUAAAGAAGUUUCGGAAAGAAAUCAAUCAAAGACUGGAUGAACUAGAAAGACAAGCCGAAGAUGAAACAAAGACAAUCCAACAAGAAAAUAACAAGAACCUACAGAUAGUACAAACAACUUGUGACGAUGUAACCAAGUCUCUGAAGGCAUCAUCUGACGCCAUUAAACAUCUCAACAUAUCCAAACAAGCAGACAAACUUUUCAUGGAACUGAAAUUAGCUGAGCAAAUGAUCAAAGAUUAUGAGAAACAUGUCCCCCAGUCAGCAGCAUUUGAUAGCAAACAAUACAACUUUGUUCCAAAUAAAGCAAUAUCAACACUACUUGACAAGGCGAGGUCACUAGGUGCAUUAACAGAAAAAUCAUUAAAACAUCCAGGUGAAAUCUGUGUAACAACAUCAAAAAUUAAAGACAAAUGCGGGAUAUCAGGAAUGACUCUUCUUACUUCUGAUCUACUUAUCAUCACUGACUAUAAUAACCAUGCAGUAAAAAUGGUGGAUACUUGCAGUCAAUCUGUUACUGAUCAAUUACAACUAGAUACUGAGCCAUUUGAUGUAACCUCAGUUACCACUACUAAACUUGCCGUCACACUUCCUCACACAAAAAAUAUUCAGUUUAUAUCUGUCUCCUCAAACAAACUCAAGAAGAAACAAACUCUGAGGGUUGCUGGUGAAUGUCAUGGUAUAAGUUACUGUCAGGGGAAACUUGUUGUAUCAUUUGUUCGUCCUGCAAACCUCCAAAUUCUUGAUAUCAAUGGUACUAUACUGACAACAGUCAAGGGAGAAAAUCUUUUCAGCAGACCAGAAUAUGUUACCACUAACACUUAUUCUAUCUAUAUAUCUGACUGGGAAAAGAAAAUAAUUACAAAGUUAAACUGGCAGGGUAAGGUGAUUCGUAGUUAUGGUGGUUUCAUGAGUGAGCCUUAUGGUGUAACACUGUCAGAUGAUGGAAAUGUUUUUGUGUGUGAUGGACAGAUACAUGUUAUAGCAAAAAUAGCAGGUGACUGUUCUACAGGAAACGUUGUGUUGAAGGACCUCAAUCGUCCCUAUGCUGUCUGUUGGUGUGCUGAAACAAGUCGACUGUACUUCAGUUGUGAUACUGGAAAAGACAAACAUGACAACUUUCUUCGGGUCUUCAAGCUAUCAUAAUUACUGUAGAACAAAACUCAUCAAUAGUUUAAACAGUGUAUGCUGUGAAGCCAUACAUUAUCAUGGAGGAUAUUUUGAUGGUGUCAAUACAUGAAGUUUAAUCCAAGCAAACAAAGACUAUUCCUAUUUAUUCCUCAUGAUGAACAAGUUUUUAAACAGAUUGUAAUUUGUAUUGAUUAUCAGUUAUGAUAAAGUAAUAUUAUUUAAGGUUACAUUAUAGUAGACUCGUAGUAAUACUGUGGCUGGUACAAAUAAUUAAGAUAGUGUUAAAACAUUUUUAAGUCAUUUAGUGUAUAUUCUUAAACAAAAAUGGUAUUCAUUAUAUAAUGUAAGUGGACAAUAUGAUUUUCCUUCAAAGACAAGACAUAAAUAACCAUAAAAUUUUUACCAGGAAUCAGCAAUAAUCUUUAGAUAAAUUUUUAAUAAUGUGUCAAGACUUAUCAUAAUUAUACAAUAGUACUCUAUCGUUUCCUUAAAUUUACCAAAUUCGACAUUACUAUGAUACAUGUAUAUUGUACCUAUACAAGUACGUCUAAAAUAAAUUGAUAUUAGAAAUUGUCA